GCUUCGGGUAUAUCCGUAGCAGUUGGGCAUUUAAAUAUUUUUUCUUAGCCAGCUUUGGCCAGCACAUUCAUGGUUUUCUUGUUUCAUCUGUUUAUUGAGUUAGCAAAUUAUAAAAGGGAUAAAAACACUUUGUUAUGAGGGAAGAGCUGGAAAAAAAGGAUUUUGACAUGGGCUCUAUGGAGGAGGUUUCGAAACCCGAAAAAAUUGAAGAUUUUGGACCUAAUGUCAAGGUUCUACCAUCUAAUGAUCAAAUCAAGGAGCUGCAAACCAUCCUGAGGGAUAAGAACACAUCAAGGAGCGACUUUAAAUUUUACGCGGACAGAUUGAUCCGACUUGUGAUUGAAGAGAGUCUCAACCAGCUACCUUUCUCUAAGGUCUCCAUCACGACACCAACAGGAUGCAAUUACGAUGGACUGAAGUACGAAAAAGGAAACUGUGGAGUCAGUAUUGUUCGCAGCGGAGAGGCCAUGGAGCAGGGCUUGAGGGACUGCUGCAGGUCGAUAAGAAUCGGCAAAAUCCUAGUCGAGUCUGAUGCAGACACGCAUGAAGCCAGAGUCGUGUAUGCCAGAUUCCCAGACGACAUCUCCAGCCGCAAAGUUCUCUUGAUGUACCCAAUUAUGAGUACCGGCAACACUGUAGUGAAGGCGGUUGCUGUUCUGAAAGAGCAUUGUGUUCCCGAGGAAAACAUCAUUCUGUCCAAUUUAUUUUGCACUCCAUUUGCUGCCAAGAUUUUGACAGCGAAAUUCCCUCAGAUGGUCAUUUUAACUUCGGAGAUCAAUUCCGUCGCGCCAAACCAUUUUGGACAAAAGUAUUUUGGGACAGACUAAAUUCAGUGCAUUUUUAUCUCUUAACUGUUAAUUAAUUUUCACUAUGAUUUACAAUAAAUAACUGAAUGAAUUAUAUA